GUGAGAGAGUGUGUGUGCGAGAGUCAAUCGCUCCUCAAAGCUUUCUGAUUCAAACCAGACAAGCUUUUAAGUCCAUCCAAGUUCUCCAGAAAUCCCGAGGCCAUUUCUCUGAGUCGCAAUGGGAGCGUUUAUCGCCAAGAUGUUGCUGCCCACUAUUAGCAGUUUGGUGUUUGUGCCUGCAGCCAGCGUGGCUGCAAAGAGGGGCUUCCACAUGGAGGCCAUGGUCUAUUUCUUCACAAUGUUCUUCACCGCGAUUUACCACGCAUGUGACGGUCCGGGCUUGUCCAUUCUCUGUUUCAUGAAGUAUGACAUUCUGGAGUACUUCAGCGUGUACGGGACAGCCAUCUCCAUGUGGGUCACGCUACUGGCGCUUGGGGAUUUCGAUGAGCCCAAACGCUCUUCGCUCACCAUGUUUGGGGUGUUGACCGCAGCUGUGAGGAUCUACCAGGACCGACUGGGAUACGGCAUCUACUCCGGCCCCAUCGGGACAGCUGUCUUUAUGAUCACAGUCAAAUGGUUACAGAAAAUGAAGGAAAAGAAAGGCCUUUAUCCAGACAAAAGUGUUUACACUCAACAAGUGGGCCCAGGGUGCUGCUUCGGUGCUCUUGCUUUGAUGCUUCGCUUCUAUUUUGAGGAGUGGGACUACGCUUAUGUUCACAGUUUCUACCACGUGUCUCUGGCCAUGUCCUUUAUUCUGCUGCUGCCCAAGAAGAACCGUUAUGCUGGAACGGGACGUAACGCAGCCAAACUCAACUGCUACACCCUCUGCUGCUGUGUAUGAUGCAUCUUUUUAUCUGGAGACUUCACAACCUCAGAUGAAGGAAAAAGCACGGACUAUCUGGACUACUCCGCAGAAACCCUGGAUGCGGACCUGUGGUCCUGGCCUGCCGUUACACAAAUCCCGGCCACGCACCAUGUAAUGCAAGAAACCGUGCCUGUUAACGGCACCCUGAAAGUGAGGACAGUUUUACGACCUCCCAGCAGGCCAAGUAUGCAUUGGACAACUUAUUCACAGGGACAGCACGAUGCCCUGCUAGUCAAAAUCACAGAAAAAGCAGACUCAGAGCAAGAUAUGGAUGGAGAAAUGAAGACUAUCCACCUGAAAAGGAAACACCAAGGCUCCUCAAAUCCAGCUGGAAAGUUUAUGAGUCACAAAAAAACAGCAGACGCAUUAUCUAUCCAAAAUGAAUAAACUGUCUUUCAAAGGUUCCUCAGCAGGGACCACUUGUCUAUGUCCGUUUUAAGAGGCCGUAAAAGAGGCAAUUUAAUUCUUUAUAUUCGUUUGUUUGUGCCAGACAGGUCAGACAUCAUCUGGGUACAACUAAACAUUCAACUAAACCUUUAAGGAACAAGACAAGUGGAUUGAUGUACAGUUGAAGUCAGAAUUAUUAGCCCCCCUGAAUUAUUAGCUCCCCUGUUUAUUUUUUUCCCUAAUUUCUGUUUAAUGGAGGGAAGAUUGUUUCAGCACAUUUCUAAGCAUAAUAGUUUUAAAAACUUAUUUCUAAUAACGGAUUUAUUUUAUCUUUGUCAUGAUGACAGUACAUAAUAUUUUACUUGAUAUUUUUCAAGACACUUCUAUACAGCUUAAAGUGACAUUUAAAGGCUUAACUAGUUUAAUAAGGUGAACUAGGCAGGUUAGGGUAAUUAGGCAAGUUAUAAGCCUAAAAAUUAGCUUAAAGGGGCUAAUAAUUUUGUCCCAAAAAUCUUUUUUUUUAAAUUAAUAACUGCUUUUAUUCUAGCCGAAAUAAAACGGAUAAGACUUUCUCCAGAAGAAAAAAUGUUAUCAGACAUACUGUGAAAAUUUCCUUGCUCUGUUAAAAAUAAUUUGGGAAAUAUUUAAAAAAAAUUAAAUAAACACAAAAGGGGGCUAAUAAUUCUGACUUCAACUGUAUAUAGCAGUGGAUAGAAUUUUCAAACAAAUCUGUGGGUUUGAAAAUAAUUUUAUAUGUAAAUAUAUUAAUUUAUUGUUUUACUUGAUGUACUGUACCUAUCUAAUGUUUUUCAGCUUUGAAUAAAUGUUUUUUAAGAU